AUGGAAGGAAUCACUGCUAGUGCAUACAAGGGUUUAAAGGAGUAUUGGCAAAGAAAGGGAUACAAAAGAAUAAAUGGAUCGAGCCGAAGAAGAAGAAGAACAAGCAAAGUUGAACUUGGAAGCACUCAAACCCGAAAAGGUCGAUUUUGGAGGUGGAAGAUCAAACUAUCACCUAAGAUCCGAAUCAACAGAAUCAGAAUCCCUUCCCCUAAGAAGAUGUUGCUUAGGGCAAGAGAUGCAUAUGUAAAUAUGAUGUUGGGUUUGGCCAACUCACGGGUUAUGACCGUGAGUGGCUCCGCCUCUGGAUUUGGUGGGGCUCUACCAACAGGAUUCACAGCGGAUUCUGGUUUUAAAAGAGCCCCACCUAAAGAGUAUGAUGAGAAGAUGAUUUUGCAGGUAUACAAAUCGAUUCUCAUGGGGCAUGGAAACUUAGAAGUUGCUUGCCGGCAGUGA